UGUCAGACUUCCGGAGAGCGUGUCAAACAAAUUUACAUAUAUUAUAUUCAAAACGUGGUUCAAGUGAUUCCUUCGACACGGGUGAGAGAAGAAAACAUUUGAAAAAAUCCUUAUUUUCGGUUUCAGGAGAAAACACAGGUUCUUUUCCUUUAUCAAUAUCAUGUUCAAAACCGAUGUUUCAAUUUCCUGAACUUUCCCCAGUGUUCCAAGAUAGUUCUUCCUUUGCAGACUCCAGAAUUUCUGUAGAUACAUAUAUUACAACAUCAACACCAAUUGUCAGGAAGAACAUUGAUUUACAAUAUCUUUCUCCUGUAAUUUGUAUUUUGCAAGAGCAUGAUUAUUGCAAAGAAACUGAAAAAAGACAAACAAACAUCAGAUCAAGAUCUAAGAAAUAUAAGAAAUACCAUGAAGAAUCUCAUAUACUCCAAAGUUUCAGCAAUGACUUUAAUAAAAAUGAUGACUUCAUGAACAACAACGAAUUUAAUGACUUAAUGAGCCAGCUACCUUUACGGUCAAGACAGCAGUUAGUUCAGUGUCUAUUAAGUCAUGAUGGCAUGAAAAGCUGCAUAGAAAAUGCAUUCAUUAAGCAAAUAUCAAAUAAUUGUGACUUUUUAAUUAACAGGAAGCAUGAACACGUUAGUGUGCUUAUGUCUAAAGACUAUGAAGACCUCAAGAACUUCAAAUGGAUUGAUGUUGUACAAGAACUGAAGUUAAGUUGUCCAUUUCUCCUUAAAGUGAUAUUAGCUGUUCUUGUACCUGACAGUAUCUCGGAUGAACAGAAAGUAGGUAGAACUGCCAGUCACAUUCCAAGAAUAGGAAUGAUUUAUUCCAUGUUAGCCCAGGGACGCAAUACGAUGCUUAGCAAGGUGCAACGAAUCGUUGGUACUGUCUUAUUUGACAACAUCUGUGAUCAAAAGGUCUUUGACAGACUACAGCCUCUUGGGGUCUGCUUAUCAUAUAGUGGAAGAAUCCAGUUAAUAGAAAAAUAUGCUGGAUAUUUCAAUAAAGAAGUAAUCGAUGCAUUGAGAAAAGGGAAAAGAUUGAGAUUGGUUGGUGACAAUAUCAAUUGGAGAACAAGUGUGCAUGACGAAAGGAAAGAUCACCAUGGAGAGAUGCACCAUGCAUUCGGAUCCGCAGUUAUAAUCCAGAAUACUUCUUUUGAGCAUUUGCCAGACAUUAAACUACAGAUUCCCAUCCAACAUCUUAAUUCCAGGAACUUUUUACCAACUAAUCAAGAGUAUGACAACAUGCAAAAAGACUUUGCAAUUUCAUUGAUAAAAGUGGCAGCUAAUCAUAUUCCCUUCUUAAAAAACUAUCAAGAUGUGGUUCCAGAAAAUGUUUGGAAUGAAUUAACGCCUGCUGGGUUAAACCAAAAGAAUCAUGUAAUUCCCUUGCCUGUACUACACAGAAAUGAACAGAAAUAUGAUGAAGUUGUAGAUAUUCUGGACUUUUUUGAGGAUUUCCUCACAGAAUGCUACAAUUCAGCUGGUGUGGAUAGAGGUACCAUAAAAACACAUAUUGGUGGCGAUCAAUUGACCAGAGAAAGGUUUUCUGGUGCAAAACGACUAAGAGCAGGUGGACUAAGUGCUAAGGAAUGUUUUGAGCGCCUGUCUCCAAUUACGUUCGAAAUGUUUCAUCUGCUAAUGAACUAUGUGAAGUUGAUUUUUAAACAACUAUACAAUGAAAAUAGUACAGGUGAACUUGGGACAAUGAAGUGUGAAGCAACACGAAUAUUUAGAACCUCAGUAAAUGAGAAUGUGAAUGAAAACUAUGAUGCAGAUAAAGACUUUAUAGUUUCAUACGUUGAUGCCUACAUUGUAGAAGCAGUUAUGGAUUAUUUUGGAAUGGAUGACCCACUAAGCUCACCAACUAGACAUUGCCCUCUCUCUCAGACACAAACCAAAGCUGAAAAACAGUCCUGGGUCAUGAUUGAAUUCUGUGAAAUUGUCAAAAAUUAUGUGUGGGCUAAAGACGAAAAAACAUCUCUAUUCAAAGUGUCUGGAGUUGAAUGUGAUGGAACUGUUGUUGAGGUACAACUAGGAAAUGGAAGGAAAGUUAACCUAUUUCUGAAGAAGAAGACAUCUCAGCCAAAGUUACCCGAUUAUGUCAAACAGUACAGCCAUCUUGUUCUUGAACUAGGAUUGCAGUUUAAAACUUUAAUAAGUUUAUGCCAUAGUCCAAACAGAAACAGAGGAUUAGCAUUGCUUAAAACAACCAUGUUACAUUUUAAGGCAAACAAUGAAUGCUCAAAAUAUGCAUAUGAAAUAGCCCGUCUUCUAGUUCACCAGUUAUGUAUAUUAUCCGAAAAGAAAGCUUGUGAAGAGUUUUUUGGAAUGUUUGUCAAUACUACAGGAAAAGAAAAUGCACACAUUCCAUGUGAUUUGAAAAUGGAGCACAUAGUGAAAGACAUAAAGUCCAAUAUCAAGCACAUGUUUUCAAACAAAACAGACCAAAAUAUAACUAAAAGAAGCAGUGCAUUGCCUGUUAUUUAAGCAGUCUCAGAGGCAUUUGAUGACGUUACCGGUGUGAUCAUCAGGUCAAAGAGACAUACUAGAACUUCCUCUCUGCAUGAUGAAGCAGAAAUGAUAAAGGAUAUUCAUCAAAUUCAACCAUUUGUUUACAAAGCAGGACGAAAACUCUUAUCAUUUCCAAAUGUACCAAAGCAAAUGACUUGUGACUUGGAUGAGAAAAAGUACCAUACUUGGAUUGAAACUCAAAAGUAUAAGUAUGCAACUGAUCUCGGGAAUUAGAUAUUUCAUCAGUUAUGUUUGCAAAAGCAAUAUACUCUUGAAGAACAAAUACAUGUUAAAAGAUGUGUCCUAAUCAGCAAUUGCAUAAACAGACAUAAAAUAUCAAAUGAACAGCGUCCUUGCAAAAAUGGGUCUUAUGCCAUAAAUAGUGCAUCUUCAGACCAAUCUGCAAAUUUAACCCUCUGAUCAGGGGAUAUCAUGUCCGGUAAUAAGACCACAAUACUUGACGUGCUGUUUCAGCGGACAAGUAGCUUCUGACUACUCUGGUUGCACAUGGUGUAAGACCUAUUUCCCCAUGUUACGGCUCAUACUCUUUGUCAUUUUAGAGAGAAGUCAUGCUUUUGCAUAGUGAAUGAAAAUGGGUGGAAAAGUCACAUAAAAUCACUUGGGUGUGUAAACUAAACUUACUGUUAGUGUGUGCAUGCAUAAACACGUGUUAUUGAUACAUGUUUGAAAUAUAGCAUUUUUAGGGCAUUGCCUAUAAUUAUCUCGUUUUGUAAUAUGUUUGUCAUUAAUUCCAAAGUAUUGUUUUUUCUUGAACUUUACAAAGAGGGAGAGAUGAGGGUGAAUAUCUGAAUUUGUAAUGUACAUUGAAUUUACCAACCAGUUAUACAAGCAAUAGUUUUUACAUUGUAAAUCCAAUAUCCAAUGUCAGUAAACUGCUUAACUAAAUAAUAGAGCUUUCAUAUGCUUAUAUCUCA